GGACACUCGAAAAUGACCGAACGUAAACCGCGCCUGGACAUCAACUCCGACUUUUCCAAGAUUUAUAUCCUCAUUUUCGGAACGAUGAAUUAAUACUCUUAGAGUCCCUUCUUGAAACCGCAGCGAUCUAUUUACGUCAAUGACCAGCCAAGAUAUGCCCAAUUUAAGCCUAUUGAGCGGCACAGCACCGACGAUCAUGUCUGCCACAGAGCUCCUUCAGUGGGUUUGCUGCCUCCAGCCUCCACCGCGGCGCUUUCUGUCAGGAUGUCUUCCUUCAUUCUUUCCCGGUCUCAAUGAAGGAAUGAGCCCUCUCGUUUCAUCAGUUGAGCGCCAAGAACCUUUGAUUAGAGCUUCGAUCCGCGGAAAGAAUCCAACUCGCGUGUGCGCCUCUCUACAUAGCCACGGUCUCUCCUCUGUAAGCUUAUUUAAGGAUUCACUGCAACUGCUUCUUGCGGUGUCAUUUGAUCGUUCUUAACACCUGUAAAGUCUUCUCACGGCCGCUACUGGAACUGCUGUGUUACUUGCGAAUGGGUCUUGCAUUGAAUGAGUGCUAUUGCGAUUCCGAACAUAAAAUAUGUGGAGGAGAGACGCUCAAGAUCAGCUUCACUUGUUAGAUGAUUAUGUGUACAUUCCAAGGUCACCCAGCGUACCAGAAUCAAUGCGAAAUGACGAUUCGUACGAGGGAUUCCAGCUUCGAGACGUCAAUUCUUCGGACAUUGGGUCACAAAGAGGUCCCCAAUGUCCUCCAGGAUAUUCGUCUGGGUGGGACAAAGAUCCAGAAAUCGGUGAUGGAAAGCGGGCAGGGACAUUCAAGGAAAACAUUAGACGAAUACCAGAUCGGUCGACUAUAUCUGGAACUUUCACGAGCAAAUCCCGGCCAGCAGUGAAGAAUGGCUUCCACAGAUUCUUGCGCUUCUUCCUCCGAUCGGGCAAUUAUGCCUCUCACAUCUCCUACGAACGCGCGAUCGAUCCUUCUAGGAAGCCAGUCAAAUAUAGUGGUUGGCGAGGGGGGGUGUUUCUCGGAGCUACGAGUGCUGGAACUGUGCUUUUAAUCAAUUUGAUCUUCACGAUAUGGGCAGGAGCGACAUCUAAGAGUGGGAUGAAGCUUGGAACUCUAUAUACUGGAGAAUGUGGUACGGUACACAAGGCUGAUUCUUGGAUACAUGUUGCGAUUAACGUAAUGGGAACUCUAUUACUAGGGGCCAGCAACUACACGAUGCAAUGUCUGAGUUCUCCAACGCGGAGUGAAGUUGACGUGGCACAUGCAAUGGGGAAAUAUAUGGACGUCGGAUUACCGAGUUUCAGGAAUUUGCACGGCUGGAAGAAGAAAAUCUUAUUUACAUUACUGGUCGUCUCAACUUUGCCGUUGCAUUUCUUAUGGAACUCAGCAGUAUUCACCACGACCCAACGUCUUGAUUACAAUGUUUAUGUGGUCACACCCGACUUCUUAACCAAUGCUACAGUAGACUGUAAUCAAAACGCCACAGUAGGAUUCGGUCGGAAGCCCACAUCAACCACAGAUUACAACCAGAUCAAACCUUUAAAUUCCACAAGACUGAACUACUGGAAUCAGACCAUUUCUGAUAACUAUUGGUGGUCAAACGACAUGUGCAACAUUUCACAAGCAUUACAAGCAAAUGCAAUUGAUGGUUCACUCACGAGGCUCGACAAUGCAGCUUGCAUCACUGCCUAUGGACCUGGAAGUGCGCUGAUGAAAGGCUACGCAAACCUACUGGCUGUGACGAAGGAGAAACCCGCGACCACGAAUAACACAGUCCUCAUGUCCUUCAAAUACGAGCAAUUCGUCUCGACCUUCACAGGCAACCGCUGGAUCUGCGACCCAAGUUACCUUGCUGCUAACAAUAAUAAAUGCAACUACAAGCAGAUGGCAAAGAAAUCAGCAGACUCUUGGAGUCUGGCUCGUCUCAAGGGCACCAAGGAAGAGAAUUGGAAGUUUGUACUCGGCGAAGAGUGGCCUAUCGACUAUUGCCUCGCUGAGCCAACCCACCUCACAGGUAUGUGCCAGCUGCAAUACAGUCUGGUAAUCAUGCUCGCAGUUCUUCUCGCAAACGUGACGAAGGUUGUUUGUAUCGUAUAUAUCCUCACCACACACGUCGACACAGUUCUUGCUACGAUCGGCGACGCCAUAUCCUCGUUCCUCGAGAUUCCUGAUCCAGUGACGAUCAACCGACCAUUUCUCUCCCGCGGCCAAGCACGACAGUUCAAGGUGGGUAGCAGUGGAGUAGCGGCGCCUUACCACCCAUACAAACUUCGCUGGUGGCAAGCACCGUCCUGGAUACGUUGGCUCGUUACGCUCUUCUUCUGUAUCCUCGCUAUCUCGAUCACCGGCAAACUCUUAACCUAUGGCAAUGCCUCGUUUCUAGGCUAUGCUUCGGGAGAAUACACAUCUCCGUACGAUGUAGGAUUUGGGACCUACAGCGAAUACGCUACGCUCAAUAUGUUCUCGGAUGGCACAACCUACCUGACAGCCGCGGACUUCGACUCGAACAGAAUCCUGAUAGCUAUGGUCGCUGUUGCUAACUUGCCGCAAGUCAUUGUUUCCUGUUUAUAUUUCGCCUAUAACACCAUCUAUACGUCUAUGGUCUCAGCCGAUGAAUGGAGUCGCUUCACAGUCCACAGGAAAGCACUGAGAACCACAGACCCCAGAGGCGAGCAAAGAUCCACAUACUGGCUCUCUCUACCCUGGACUUAUGCCCUCCCUCUCGCCGUAGCAAGCGCCGUCCUGCAUUGGCUAGUCUCGCAAUCGCUCUUCGUGUCUCGUACGGAAAUCCUCAACACGCGCGGCGAACCUGAGCCAAUCUCGUACAUGAAUGUCGGGUACAACCCGCUCUCCAUCCUCAUCGCUCUACUCUUCGGCGUCACCAUGGUAAUCGUGGUAAUCUUGAAUGGGUUUAGGAAGUUAACGGAUGGCAGUGUAUUGGUGGGGAAUAAUAGUCUGGCAAUUUCUGCGGCCUGUCAUAGGGAGAAGGAUGAGGGCGCUGAGAAGAGACGGGUUAUGUGGGGGGCGGUUAGGCAUGAAGCAGAAGAUGGGACCCCGGGCCAUUGCUGUUUUAGCAGCGAGAAGGUGGAAAGGCCUAGGAUCGGUGACAAGUAUUUAUGAUGACAUGAGACAUAUUAUUCAAAUGUUAAUAGCAUAUGAAAAUGGACUUUGGAUAAUUGAAUGCUCUCAUGCUUGGAGGAACUACUUCUUGCGUGCGGAGACACAUACAAUCGGUCGAGCAGAUUCAAAUGUUUCCUCCCUUACACAUGUCAACAGACGUAAUGGUGGUCAUGCCAACAACGGCGUGACAAAGCAACCAUCUUCACAUCUUGCAGAAAAGUCGUCCGGGAUUUAUGUCUCAUAUAGCCGAUUGACUUUUCUUGAUGAGCUGUCUUUGGCGAGCCACCCGCGGUCUUCAAUUGCCGGCGCAGGAGCAAAUGAAAAUGGUUACUGCGAGAUGUAAAGGUUGAUGUGAAAUCCUUCAGUCCUUGAAUUGUCGGUCGAAUGUAUUUCAGCCGAGAUAACGUGUACAACUUCGAUGACAGCAUUGUCCGAGUCUAGGUCUGGGCGCUCGUCGACUGUGGAAGCAAGCUGUCUCAGUGCUUUUAUUGAAUACAUCAUGAUGUAACAUAGAUUUGGUCAAGUGAGACUGCUUAUGUGACUUGAUAAAGAGCUCAGUCCCCCUCACUUUAAGCACAACUCCAAAAGCACAACGCAACAGAAUAUAACCAGACAUCGAAAAUGAGGAAUGAACAAGACAUGUGGAAGAAGGCUCGAGCUUAUAGGGUAUCUUAUUGUAUCACCACAAAUAUAUUACAGAACUGCUCACUGAACUUGAGCAGAUGAAAUCUAAGCGCCUCGGCCUCAGAAUGUUGGAGCUCCCGAAUCUCCCUCGACACGGUACGAUUUCUCGCCAGCAAAAAGUUGUAUGCCUUCCUCUCCGUCCACUUCAGCCCAAGUAAUGUACUUUCUGGCAUCUUUUGCAGAGCCUAUCGGAAGACGCGGGAGAUCCAGAUUCAGCAAGAGAAGACUUUUAAGUGUCAUUAGCACAACAUGCGGGUCAUGUGGCAGCUGAACUAAAGUCCUCGCGAGAUGCUCCUUCAGCUGUGGUGUUGGCCUGCAGAGGUGGAAACUGUAGUGAUCGCGGAGAAGGGUCAGCAGCCACACAUUGCUGCUUUUCGGAGUAGGGGUGAAUUGUUUGGAGGUUAUUGGACUACUGUUCGGGCGCCAGGUUCGCAGCGUGUUCUUAUCCUCGCGGCAAGUGGCAUCCUUGUGGCUAGCAGGAACCGAUUCAAGGACUUGAAGGGCAAGCUGCUCAUCUUUGGCGAGUAGAAGUGCAAUUGCAAACAUCUGAGCACGAAAUCGCAAGUGCUCGUCGCCUAGGAGUACAUGGUCCAUUCGUCUUGGAUCUUCGGCCAUGAAUUCGGCAUAAAUUUGUCCAGAUAAACCCAACUCUCCGAGCCCAAGAAUGUAGGCGGGGUACAUGGUGUGAACGAUGUCUGCUUUGGUGUUGAGAUAUGAUAAAUACGCGAAGGAAGUUGACCUGAGCUCCCCUCCUUUAGGGGCAAGGCCGCCUGGCCAGCCUGUGAUGAGCUCCAUUGUCUCUCUCCUGCUCUGCUCUCCACUCAAGGCGUUCUCAGCAUUAAUUAGACCCGAAAUGAUUGACAGAAGGGCCUUUCGAGCCCUCCAAUCAGGCGCAUAGUUGUUUGUUCGUAAAAGCUCCAGGUAUUUCUUCACAGCAGCGAUGUUGUAAGAUUUCGAAGCAUAAUAGAGGGCGGCAUUGCACAGUUCUGGUCCCAGCAAUAAACCCUUCGACUCCAGAUUUAUUUGCAGAUUGUUGAAUAGGUCUAAUACUGCCACUGUUGGGACCCUUUCCGCAGAUUGUGUCCAAUUCUGGGCCUUUCUAGCCUCUCUGAUGGCAGCUAGGAUGAAUACUCCGUUCGCAGCGAGAAAGCGGCACCCGGCCGUGGUGGAGGAUAAAAACGAGAUGAUGCGGCGUAACUUGGGAAAAGAAUUAACCUUCCGGAUCUGAUAGGCAAUAGCUGGCUCUUUCGUCUCGUAGUACCCAGCUCGUUGAAGAUUCGUCGACGGAUCAAUGUAAAAGGCGCUCAAGAUCUCUUUGACGACAGUAUCUGCGCUGUCCACGGAAAAUAUUGCUCUAUUGGAGACGAUGUGCCGUAAAUUUUGACUGUUAGGAUGCUCAGUAAAGUCGGUAACUCCUAGCAGACCAUAUGCCCAUAGAUCUAUGGGCUGGACCUUGAGUGGUCGGAGAGGCGCCUUUGGUCGUGAAGUCCGCUUCACCACUUUUUCCUCCUCGAAAGAGUCUCGACGCCGGCGUGGUUUCUCUCGAGAAUCCUCUGGUACCGGUGCAUUAUCCACCUUUCGAACGAACGUGCUGUCUGCCGCAUCCAGAUCUAUGACUAACCGGGGAAGGACAUAUGGCUCAGCGCUGGGGACUGAAGCAAGUCGCUUGGGAAAAUUGAUUCGACUUCGCACAUGGGCCGCAUGUUUGCAGAAGAGACAUAUUGAUUGCUUGCCCCUCAUCUGGUAUAAUUUUAUCGUGAUUGAUGAUGCAUGCUGGGUAUGAUGCGUGCUUGUUGACAAUUUGGAUCGAGUUUCCGCGUCCCCAGCUUCUGAUAUUGAAAUCUUAGUCAGCAGAUGUGCUAGGA